UGUUGUAAUAAACAUUAACACAUAAAGCUUCUUUUCAUAUAAAAUAAUAAUUUUCGUGUAGACGACAUAUUUUAUAAUUAAAGAAAAUUACGUAAUAUAAAAUACUUUAUUAAUAGUUAUACAAACACCUAUUACGCCAAUGUGAGAAAUUGCCGCCAGACGCUUGUAAAUAUUAUAAAUUCGCCGUAAAACAGAGUUAUAAACAACAUAAGACAGAAUCUGAUCCAGAAAGGUUAAGAGAAAUUAUCACUAAGAGUAAGGAAGAUGCAAAGUGGAUAAUAAACAAGUAUACAAAGCAAUAAUGGGGCUAACUAGCUGUUAUUUCUUUUUACUGCAAAAUAACAGUAAAUUUUUAUUUAGAAGUUAUAUUCUCAUUAUAUUGUAAUCAAUAUGUUCGGGGAGAAAAUAGAAGAUUAUGAAAUUUUGGAACAUCUUGGCAAAGGUGGAUUUGCACAUGUAUAUAGAGCAAGAUGCAGAAAAACAGGGUACUUUGUGGCUAUCAAGAUGAUAGACAAAGCUUUAAUGGCCAGAGCAGGUAUGAUAGAAAGAGUUAGACAAGAGGUCACAAUACACUCUCGCUUAAAACACCCAGCAAUCUUGGAAUUAUAUACAUUCUUUGAAGAUGCACAUUAUGUUUAUUUAGUUUUAGAAUUAGCACACAAUGGAGAAUUAGCAAAGCACUUUAAAUUAGGCACUCGAGGCCUUUCUGAGAAAGCAGCUGCUGAUUUUUUUAGACAAGUUGUGAGUGGAGUACUAUAUCUACAUACUCAUAACAUUAUACAUAGAGACCUUUCUCUUAACAACUUAUUAUUGACUAAGGAUUUAAAUGUGAAGAUUGCUGAUUUUGGUUUAGCUACUCAAUUAAAUGGGCCUGAUGAAAAGCAUGUUACAAUGUGUGGUACCCCAAAUUAUAUAUCACCGGAAGUUGCAUCUCGUGAGCUUCAUGGCCUACCAGCAGAUGUAUGGGGCUUAGGAUGUAUGCUAUACACAUUGUUGGUUGGCAGUCCACCAUUUCAUACACAACAUGUUAAAACCACUCUGAAUAAAGUCAUCAAUGCUGAUUACAAAAUUCCCUGCGAAUUGUCAUUUCAAGCACAGGACAUUUUACAAAAAUUAUUGUGUAAAGAUCCAUCACAAAGAAUUACCUUAAAAGGUAUAAUGGAGCAUCCUUUUAUUAAUAAUGUUUUAAAUGUAACUCGAGCAUCAAAACAAGACUUAUCUAAAGACUCUGGAUUUCUUACUACUUUACACAGCACUCAGCACAGUAACAAAUUAAGUUCUACCAGGAGAAAUAAUUCUGAUUAUUUAAGUAAUAAUAUUAUAAAUCAUAUUCAUUUGCAAUCAGAUAAUGCAAAUUAUAAUAACCAACUGGAACCUAAACAAAAUUUGAAUAAUAUACAUCACCUAGGAGAACAUACUGGUAAUAAUUAUAUUUCUAGUGGUAGUGGGUCUUUUAGAAUAUUUCCUACAAUCAAUCAACUUCACCCUCGGAGUGUUGAAAAUUUUCAACCAAACCCUAACACUAAUAUUAGGAACAUUACUGAAGAUGUAAAAAGACUUGAUAUAAAUAAUAAACCUGAAGUAUUAUUGUUAAAUGAUGACAACAAGGAGAACCUACAAAAACAUUGUGUUAGUAAUUCAAAUACUAUUGGGGUGCCACCAUUAUGUGCUGACCGUUUACCAAUUAUAUCACAUAAAACAAGAAAUGCUAUUCUCAAGAUAGAACCUACUGGGGUUAGUGUUGAAUUUAUUAAAAAGAAGGGUAGAGAUAGGGAAGAGAAAAUUGUAGAAAUCUGCAACAUAUCCAAAGAUGGUAUGAAGAUUAUUAUAUCUACACCAGACAAGGGAGUAGAAUUAUCAAAUAGAUCUGAACAAAAACCAGAUGAAAUUUUUUCCUACCACAAUUUACCUCAAAAACAUUGGAAAAAAUAUUUAUAUGCUGCCCGUUUUGUUGAUCUUGUUAAGGCUAAAACACCUAAAAUAACCUUAUAUUCAUCAUUGGCUAAAUGUCAGCUUAUGGAAAAUGGAACUGAUAUUGAAAUGUUUUUUUACAAUGGAGAAAAAAUGACAUACACUUCUGCUGAAGGGUUAAAAGUCAUUGAUAGACAAUUAAGAACUCAUAAUAAUGUUAAUACACCGGACUCAAAGUAUUUAUAUGAUCAUUAUGAAGAAUGUUCAAACAGAAUGAAAAGAAUUGAAAGUGCUUUAUCUGGUAUUUCAGAUGAAUGUUACCCUUUGAUUAUUGGCAAAAGACCAGUACAACAAUUAUCACACUUAGAACCUGUAUUACCACAUAAUGUUAAUAGGAACAUGAAUACUCCACUUUUAAAUUAUGGUUCUUUUCAUCGUGCUACCCCGUGUUCUAGUCAAGCCCAUAGUGAUAAACAAAAUUUUUAGCUAAAAAUCCCAAAAUAGCAAUCUUGUAUUAUAAAAUUACCCUAUUUUUAAACUAUUUAAAUUAAUAAACAUUAGUAUUUAUUAUAAAAACAGUAUUAUUACUGCUUUGUAUUGUCAUGAUUUAAUAUACUUAUUGUUCAAAUAUAGUAUGU